UUCAAUUGUGUCUUAUACUAUUCUCUCUACUUCCCAAGUCAAUGGACACCAAAUUAGAUAUUAUGGAUACUCAAGAAUCUAAGCCUAGUACUACUCUUGAAUCCACUCAAAUUUCAAUAUCAGAAACUGGUCUUGAAACCGGUACUAAUUUAAGUUUAACCCAGAAAACAAAUGGCAAAGCUGGGAUAAUCGCAGAGAUAAAGAAGCAAAUGCAGCUAGCUGGGCCUUUAAUUAUUGUUAGUUUCUUACAGUUUAGCAUGCAAAUGAUAUCAGUCAUGUUCGUUGGCCAUCUUGGAGAGCUCCCUCUUGCAAGCGCUUCAAUGGCUGCUGCAUUUGCUGGGGUUAGCGGUUUUAGUUUGAUGUUAGGAAUGGGAGGUGCAUUGGAAACAUUUUGCGGACAAGCUUACGGAGCAGAACAGUAUCAUAUGCUUGGUGUACACAUGCAAAGAGCAAUGCUUGUCUUUAUGCUCAUGAGCAUACCAAUAUCAUUCCUGUGGGCUUUUACAGACAAGAUUUUAGUAAGCCUUAAGCAAGACCCACAAAUUUCAUUUCAAGCAGGAGAAUAUGCUAGGUGGUUAAUACCAAGCAUUUUCCCUUACGGUCUCCUUCAAUGCCAAGUUAGAUUUUUACAAACACAAAAUAGCACAUUGCCUUUGAUGAUAAGUACAGGAAUUACUAGUGUUUUCCAUGUCCUUUUGUGCUGGAACCUAAUCUUUAGAUUCCAAUUAGGCAAUCGAGGUGCAGCCUUGUCCAAUACAAUAUCCUACUGGACUAAUGUGUUUAUUUUGGCUUGUUAUAUAAAAUUCUCUAUUUCUUGCCGAAAGACCUGGAAAGGUUUCUCUAAGGAGGGCACGAAAAAUCUCUUUACCUUUGUAAAGUUAGCUGUGCCUUCAGCUCUCAUGUAUUGCUUGGAGUACUGGUCAUAUGAGUUUUUGGUUCUCAUGUCAGGCCUUCUUCAAAAUCCAAAGCUGGAAACAUCAAUGAUGACAAUCAGCCUUAAUACAAUGGCGGUGAUCUUUAGAAUCCCAUUUGGUUUGGCUAGCGCAGUUAGCACUAGAGUUUCAAAUGAACUAGGUGCAGGUAAACCAUAUGCUGCGCGUCUUGCAGUAUAUAUUGCACUAUUCUUAGCUGUUGUAGAAGGUCUGUCGGCAAGCUCAAUUGAAGUUGCAGCUCGACAUGUAUGGGGCUAUUUGUACACAAAUGAAAAGGAAGUAGUGAAAUAUAUUGCAUCAGUAAUGCCAGUGCUUGCCAUUUUCAACUUCAUGGAAGGAAUCCAAGGCGUACUCUCAGGUUGUGCAAGAGGGUGUGGAUGGCAAAAGAUUGGUGCAUUGAUAACUCUAGGUGCUUACUACUUUGUUGGCCUUCCUUCAGCUGUCGUUCUGACUUUUGUGUUCCAUUUUGGAGGAAAGGGACUUUGGAUGGGAAUUACGGCUGGAAGUGCUCUACAAGCCGCUUUUCUUUUACUUAUUACCCUGCGGACAAAUUGGGAGAAGCAAGCCAGUAAAGCCAAGGACAGAGUAUCUGCUUCAAGUAUUAUUCCAGAAGAAAUGGCCUCAGCUUGAUGUGUCAUAGAAGAUUAUUGUGGAAUUUAUCUCUUUACAAUGUAUGCUAAAUGCAUUCUCUUUUUUAUAUGUAAGAGAAUUGCAAUUAUUUAUUGAUUCUUUCAAUUAAAACAAAUAAAAUAUGAAAGACAAGUAGGAAACACAAGUAACAUUAUAUUUAUGCUAAAUCAUUGUUCAAUGUUCAUAAGAACAGCAACGAUUUUGGGAUUCA